UCACAACAUAAAGUAUACAAACUAGACAAACAUGCAUUACAAAUUACAAUUGUUUGUACCAUCUAGCUCGAGGCAUGAAUAAUAAUAUUUGUUGUGUGGGUUGACUCGUUAUCCGUUCGUCUGAUCUCGUCGGGAAGGAAAGAACCUGUGGAAAGCGGAGGAUGCCCCCGGAUUAAAUUCCGACAAUCAAGUCAGUUUGUGUUUAAAGUGAAAGUUGAGAGAACAAGGUAGAGAGAUAAAGUGUAGAGAGAUAGUGGAAAGUGAGGAGAGAGAAGAAGUCCCUCAAUGGAGAGUUUCAUGCCUUUAUAUACUCGUAGCGACGUUCGAGCGGAGCACGUUACCGAUUGAGCGCGCCCUUAUUUAGUCUGCGCGUGGAGUAUUUAGUAACACCCCCAACAAUUGCCCCCCAAGCUGGUGGUGAGUUUCAACUCAUCAAUAGCUUAUUAUUUUUUUAAAUCUUCAUCGGUAAUUUUGGAUGGAGCCCUAUGUACCCUCGGUUGCCCCCCAGCUGGUGGCGCGUUUGGCUGGCGCGGUGCCAGCUUCCUGCGUCAUGCCCCCCAGUUGGUGUAUUUCAUUAAGCCGUUGACCGCUCUUCUAUUGGAAUCUCCAAGGCGCUGAGCAAUUGUUUGUUGAUAAAAUUUCAAGGUAUUGAGCACUCUCCUAUUGGAGUUCUUCACACACACACACACACACACACACACACACACACACACACACACACAAGUGUGUACUCUUUCAUUGGUGCGCUUGUGAUAGCCGCACGAUUACGUUACGGGGUUACCCCGCACGUUUAGUGCCCUUUAUUGGAGAUAGAGGUAGUUGAACACUCUCAUAUUGUAGAUUUAUCAAUGCUCUUAUCGAAGCCUUAUUUGUGUGCUUCAGUCGAGUUUUAUUUGUAGAUUCACCAAUGCUCUUCUUGAAGUCUUAUUGGUGUGCUUCAGUCGAGUCUUAUUUGUAGAUUCACCAAUGCUCUUAUCGAAGUCUUAUUUGUGUGCUUCGGUCGAGUCUUAUUUGUAGAUUCACCAAUGCUCUUAUUGAAGUCUUAUUUGUUUGCUUUAGUCGAGUCUUAUUUGUAGAUUCACCAAUGCUCUUAUUGAAGUCUUAUUUGUGUGCUUCAGUCGAGUCUUAUUUGUAGAUUCACCAAUGCUCUUAGCGAAGUCUUAUUUGUGUGCUUCAGUCGAGUCUUACAUGAAUGGAGGUAGUCGAGCACUCCCAUAUGUCGCUUGAUUGAGUUUCUCAUCUCCCAUGUUGUUUGGUACGUCUUGCCCCCCAUUAGCGCCAUUAACGCUCAUGAAAAAUGAAAAAUUAAUAAUGAUAGAGUACUUAGCUUUACGUUGGCGAAUCGGCGCUUUAAAAUGACAGCGUUGUGCCUAUGAAGCACAAGUCAUAUUAGUAGUACGCUAGUCAACUUGCUGGUCUUACUGAAUGGUGGCGCGGGUUCAAUUCCUGGCGUCAACGACAUUAUUUUUGGAGAGCUUUAAUGGUGUGCCUGUUUGUAGGCUUUGCGGCCCAUGUUCCGUGGGCCUGUUGUUGAUCCGUGAGUUGGGUCCGUUGGACUGCGAGAUGGAGUGGGGCGGAAGACAUGGGUUGAAACCGGCUUUAUGUCGCGGAAGUAGGUCGCGGGCGGGGCGUGGAUUGGGUGUGUUGGGCCGCGUACUGGUGAGGCGGGCCAGGCUAAUCCUCCGUGCCGGGUCCGGAUGAGGUAAGGCGGGCCGCUAGCAGAAGUUUGGGUCGUGUUGCCGUAGUGGGGGCGGCAAUUGUUUGUACCAUCUAGCUCGAGGCAUGAACAAUAAUAUUUGUUGUGUGGGUUGAAUCGUCAUCUGUUUGUCUGAUCUCGUCGGGAAGGAAAGAACCUGUGGAAAGCAAAGGAUGCUCCCGGAUUAAACUAUGACGAUCAAGUCAGUUUGUGUUUAAAGUGAAAGUUGAGAGAACAAGGUAGAGAGAUAAAGUGUAGAGAGAUAGUGGAAAGUGGAAAGUGAGGAGAGAGAAGAAGUCCCUCUCAAUGGAGAGUUUCAUGCCUUUAUAUACUCGUAGCGGCGUUCGAGCGGAGCACGUUACUGAUUGAGUGCGCCCUUAUUUAGUCCGCGCGUGGAGUAUUUAGUAACACCCCCAACAACAAUGUAUACAAAUUAAUCAUAUAAACAUUACAAACAUAAUAGAUAAAAAUGACAAACUAGAAUGAUAAAUGAUACAAACCGAAUUGAUACAAAAUCAAAAAACAUACUUACGAACAUUACAAAAGCGUCCGAAAAAUAUAACGAAACAAACAUCGCUGAAAAAUCUCCCAUCGCCGGAAUCGUCUCCGCCGUCGUCGAGAAAUUCGUCGAUGACGAAAAACUCUCUCUGGGACGCACCAAAAAUGGUAGCCUCUCUCUCUGGAUGCACCAUAAAUGACAGGAUGCACAAAAAUGAUGGCGCCGAAAAUCCUGUACGACCGUAGGGAAAUACUGGUUGGCUGAGGCGAGGAGGAUAGAACGUGCCACUGUAGAUUCUUUUAAUUUUUAAUUACUAAAAAAUAAAAUAACCCUGAAUCAUGCAAUUACUACACUACUCUUCAUUUAAUUGAAUUAAUUAGAGCCAUUAAAUUUUAAUAAGUUCGAAUGGUUGAGAUCAAAUUAGACAAGUGACUAUGGAACCCCAUUUGUCGCCUGAUAUUAUCCCUGUUUAUUAGCUGCUUUGAAGCCUCCAUAAUCAUCACUCAUAGAGGAUCCGAGGUAGAGGUGGCAAUUGGAUUGGAUUGGUGAAUUGGUGGAUUCAUGGAUCAAAUGGAUUGGUGGAUUCAUGGAUUGGAUCAAGUGGAUUGGUGGAUAUCCAUGAAUCCAAAUGAUAUCCUCAACCAAGGACCAAUAUGUAAAAUGCAAAAAGUUUAGGUAGUCAUAAUGAAAAAUUUUAGGUACCAAAGCGUAAUUUUCCAAUGAUAUUUUUCGUAUAAAAAAUAAAAUUUUAG